GGAGACUUUGUGCCCCAUCCAAGGUUUCCGUGGGGUUCCCGGAGGUUGCAGGUGGUUGCCGGAGGUUGCAGGUUGUGGAAGCAGGUAGGGAGACUGACAAAAACCUCUGGGAACCGCACGGAAACCUCGGGUGGGGCGCAAUGUCUCCAGAGGUUUCCUAAGUGGGACAGGGGCAUAACCGUACAUUUGUGCAUUGCAUGACCUCUAUUUGCUGCCGUUUCAAUGUAUGAUAACUUACUAUCAUGAAGGUAUCUGGAUGCUUCCUUAACUCCCCUAUUUUACAUGGUUUGAACGGAUGAGUAUGUUGGUCAUCUUGCUGAACUGUGUCACCCUUGGAAUGUUCCAGCCCUGUCAGGACAGCACCUGCGAGUCAGAACGUUGCAAAAUUCUGAAGGGAUUUGAUGAUUUCAUCUUUGCAUUCUUUGCUGUGGAGAUGAUUGCCAAGAUGAUUGCGCUGGGUAUCUUUGGACCAAAAUGUUACCUCGGUGACACUUGGAACCGUCUCGAUUUUUUCAUUGUUGUUGCUGGUAUGUUAGAGUAUUCACUGGACCUGCAGAACGUCAGUCUAUCAGCAGUCCGGACCGUGAGGGUCCUGAGACCACUACGAGCUAUUAACCGAGUUCCUAGUAUGCGGAUAUUGGUGACCCUGCUGCUGGACACUUUGCCUAUGUUAGGCAACGUACUUCUCCUCUGUUUCUUUGUCUUCUUUAUUUUCGGCAUUGUUGGGGUCCAACUAUGGGCAGGGCUUCUACGAAACAGGUGCUUUCUUGAAGAAAACUAUACCAUACCUGCCUCCCAAGAGUUGGAUCGAUAUUAUCACACAGAAAAUGAUGAUGAAAACCCCUUCAUUUGCUCUCUCACGAAGGAUAACGGAAUGCGUUAUUGCCGCACUGUGCCACAAAGACGAGUGAACAACAUUGAUUGUACCUUGGAUGAUGCAAGUUACUUCCUGUUACAGGGUAACACCACAAACAAUGCCAGCUGUGUAAACUGGAAUCAGUAUUAUACCCAGUGCCAGCCUGCUGAUCACAACCCAUUCAAAGGAGCCAUCAACUUUGAUAACAUUGGAUAUGCAUGGAUAGCAAUAUUCCAGGUUAUAACCCUUGAGGGAUGGGUUGACAUCAUGUAUUUUGUUAUGGAUGCUCAUUCCUUUUAUAAUUUCAUCUACUUCAUCCUGUUGAUAAUAGUUGGAUCAUUUUUUAUGAUCAAUUUAUGUCUAGUUGUCAUAGCAACCCAGUUUUCUGAAACCAAGCAACGUGAAAGCCAACUGAUGAAGGAGCAGCGAGUUCGCUUCAUGUCCAACGCAAGCACGCUGGCCAGUUUCUCUGAACCAGGGAGCUGCUACGAUGAGCUCUUAAAGUACAUUGGCCACAUGCUGCGGAAGGCCAAGCGCGAGGCCGUGCGCGUUUGCUAUGUCGUGGUGGCCAGAAGGGGAGUGCAGUUUGCCAACAGGAGCGGGCCGCGCGCACAACCCCGCAAGCGGCGGAAACGGAAACGGGCAGGGUCUGUCCAUCACCUAAUUCACCACCAUCAUCAUCACCACCAUUACCACGUGAGCAAUGGAACCCCGCGGGCACCACCAGCCAGCCCGGAAAUCAGCGAUGUGGAAACCAAUUCUGCACACAAUGGUGGCAACAGACUAAUCGUGCUGCCCUCACCUCUGUCCAGUCUGCAAUCCCCCCCUCCUCCUCCAUCACCUACCGCUGCCGCUCCUGGCAAUACUGAAUCUGUCCACAGCAUCUACCAUGCCAACUGUCACAUUGAGCCAAUCCAGUGCAAAUCUUCCCUCAUGCAAGACGUAGGCUUGAUACCCCCAGAUGCACUCCAGAAGAAUUUGGAUAUCAAAAGCUACCCAACCGUGCACCCCAGCUCCCCACACCAGGUGAUCAACCUCAACACCAAAGGUGAGAAGACACUUAAAGAUGCAACAUUGAAUCCUGAUGACGCAAAGGCAAAUCUCAACAUCCCAGCCGGACCAUACCGGAAGAUGCAUCGACUCCUGGAAACACAGAGUGCCGGCCCUUGUAAAGGAUCCUGCAAAUUGUCAGGUCACUGCCUACCUUAUAGCUCUCCCAGUGGAACAGCCGACAUUCUGAACUGCGAUCCACAGAGCUGUCCCAUCUGCAUCAGGAACAAUGAAUCCAAGAUGACGGACAAUGAGACGUUGGAUUCAGAGAGUGAGGGUGUGUAUGAGUUCACACAGGAUGCUCAGUACAAUGACCAACGAGACCCUCAACGCAAGCAACCCAGAACAAAGAAAUGCUGGGCAUUUUGGAACAUGAUCUGCAACACCUGUCGCAAAAUUGUUGACAGCAAAUAUUUUGGUCGUGGAAUAAUGAUUGCUAUUCUCAUCAACACACUAAGCAUGGGGAUUGAAUACCAUGAACAGCCAGAGGAACUAACUAACGCACUGGAGAUCAGCAAUAUUGUCUUCACCAGCCUGUUCGCAUUGGAAAUGCUCUUAAAGAUCUUGGUGUAUGGGCCUUUUGGCUACAUCAAGAAUCCUUACAACAUCUUUGAUGGUAUCAUUGUAGUUAUCAGUGUGUGGGAGAUUGUGGGCCAGCAGGGCGGAGGCCUGUCAGUGCUGCGUACCUUCCGGCUGAUGCGAGUGCUGAAGUUGGUGCGGUUUAUGCCAGCCCUGCAACGCCAGCUGGUGGUCUUGAUGAAAACAAUGGACAAUGUUGCCACCUUCUGUAUGCUGCUGAUGCUAUUCAUCUUUAUCUUCAGUAUUCUGGGAAUGCAUCUUUUUGGCUGCAAGUUUGCAUCAGAAAAGGAAGGAGACACUCUUCCUGACAGAAAGAACUUUGACUCACUUCUCUGGGCUAUUGUAACUGUCUUCCAGAUAUUGACUCAAGAGGAUUGGAACAAGGUCCUCUAUAAUGGGAUGGCCUCCACCUCUCCAUGGGCUGCUUUAUACUUCAUAGCCCUCAUGACAUUUGGGAAUUAUGUUCUCUUUAACUUGUUAGUUGCCAUUUUGGUGGAAGGAUUUCAGACUGAGGGAGAUGUCUCAAAGUCGGACUCAGAGGCUGACUUUUAUUGUCAGAGCCUGGAUGAUGAUAGCGGAAGCAGAAAGGAUCUUCCAAAUACUGCGCUGAUGACAGCAAAUGGUAAUUUGGAUGUUAAAACCAGUCUGACCCCACCGCUCAUCAUCCACACCAAUGCAACACCAAUGCCAACACCAAAGGGGAUGCUUUGUGGUGAUUCUGUGCACAUGUACAGUGAUUCCCGCAGAGGUAGCAAUGUAUCAAUCGAUCCCAAUUACUACGAGCAGAAGUCACCGUCGAGUGCACGUAGCUCCCCCUACGCCCCUUGGAGCACAGCCAGUAGCUGGAACAGUCGGCGCUCGAGCUGGAACAGCCUUUGCCGAGCACAAAGCCUAAAGCGCAAGCAUCAGUCUGGGGAACGAAAGUCCCUCCUCUCGGGUGAUGGCAAAGAAAGUUCUGAAGAAGGAGAUGGAUCUGAGGAUGAGAAAGCCAGUCGUGCAGGUGGAGAGAGGGGGCCUACUCCUCUGCGCCUGGAAUCUCUGGAGAUGAAGAGUUCUUUCGAUAUUCCUGAAACCCUGCAGGUGCCCAGUCUUCACAGAUCCCCCAGCAUCCAUAGCAGCAGGACCCCACCACUAGACUGCCAGGACUGUAAUGGUAAGAUGUCCCCAGUCAACAUGCUACGCCAGUUCCAAGUGGAUGAACAGCGAGCUGAGUUCGAGAAUGCUGAAGAUGAAGUUGAUAUGAGCAAAGGCACACAGUUGCUGGCAUGGAUUCAAAGCAAGCUGCCACCAUGUUUCAAGGAGCGGGAGGGAUGGUCGCUCUAUCUUUUCCCACCACAGUCCAAGAUUCGACAUGUUUGCAGCAGAAUUGUUUCACACAAGAUGUUCGACCACAUAGUUCUUGUUAUUAUCUUCCUGAACUGCAUCACUAUUGCCAUGGAGAGACCUAAGAUUGAUCCUAAGAGUGCAGAGCGAAUCUUCUUGACACUCUCGAACUAUAUCUUCACAGUGAUCUUCCUGAGUGAGAUGGCAGUAAAGCUGGUUGCAAUGGGCCUUAUUUUUGGGAAGAAGACUUAUCUCAAGAGCUCUUGGAACAUUCUGGAUGGGCUACUGGUGAUGAUAUCAGUCAUCGAUAUUCUAGUCUCCAUGGUCUCAGAUAGUGGAACGAAAAUUCUUGGAAUGCUGCGGGUCCUUCGACUGUUGCGCACCCUGCGGCCUCUCCGGGUAAUCAGCCGAGCACCAGGUCUUAAACUCGUUGUUGAAACACUCAUGUCCUCCCUGAAGCCCAUUGGGAAUAUUGUGGUCAUCUGCUGUGCAUUUUUCAUCAUCUUUGGCAUCCUAGGUGUCCAGCUCUUCAAAGGGAAGUUUUACUUCUGUUUUGGGGAAGACAUAAGAAAUGUUACCAACAAAUCUGACUGUAUUCAAGGCAACUACAUGUGGAUCCGACACAAGUACAACUUUGACAACUUGGGGCAGGCCCUGAUGUCCUUGUUUGUUCUUGCAUCGAAGGAUGGGUGGGUUGACAUUAUGUAUGACGGUUUGGAUGCAGUAGGGGUGGAUCAACAGCCGGUCAUGAACAACAACCCAUGGAUGCUCCUUUACUUUAUCUCCUUCCUGCUCAUCGUGGCCUUCUUUGUGCUGAACAUGUUUGUCGGGGUGGUGGUGGAGAACUUCCACAAGUGCCGGAAGCACCAGGAGGUGGAGGAGGCCAAGCUGCGCGAGGAGAAGCGUCUCCGACGCAUGGAGAAAAAGAGACGGAAAGCACAGUGUAAACCUUAUUAUUCUGAUUAUUCUCCUACUCGCCUUUUCAUCCACAAAAUGUGCACAAGUCAUUACUUGGAUUUGUUCAUCACGGUUGUGAUUGGGCUGAAUGUAAUCACCAUGGCAAUGGAACAUUAUCAGCAGCCAAAGAUCCUUGAUGAGGCGCUUAAGAUCUGUAACUACAUCUUCACGAUUAUCUUUGUCCUGGAGUCUGUAUCCAAAUUAGUGGCCUUUGGUUUCCGCCGGUUCUUCAAGGAUAGAUGGAACCAGCUGGACUUAGCUAUUGUAUUGUUAUCCAUUAUGGGAAUCACCCUUGAAGAGAUUGAGGUGAAUGCUUCUCUGCCAAUCAACCCCACUAUUAUUAGAAUCAUGAGAGUGCUCCGGAUUGCUAGAGUCCUCAAGCUCCUGAAGAUGGCAGUCGGAAUGAGAGCCUUGCUGAACACAGUAAUCCAGGCUCUACCACAGGUCGGAAAUCUUGGCCUCUUGUUCAUGCUGCUGUUUUUCAUAUUUGCAGCUCUUGGAGUUGAACUUUUCGGGGACCUAGAAUGUAAUAUCGAUCAUCCCUGUGAGGGUUUGGGACGACAUGCCACUUUCCGAAAUUUUGGGAUGGCUUUCCUCACCUUGUUCCGAGUAUCAACUGGAGACAACUGGAAUGGAAUAAUGAAGGAUACAUUACGAGAUUGUAACCAAGAGGGCACAUGUUACAACACAGUCGUGUCCCCAAUCUACUUUGUCUCAUUCGUACUGACAGCUCAGUUUGUGCUGGUAAACGUCGUCAUCGCGGUGCUGAUGAAACAUCUGGAGGAGAGCAAUAAAGAGGCGAAAGAGGAGGCAGAACUUGACGCAGAGCUGGAACUGGAAUUAAAAAUGUUAAAUACCAAUCAAGGCAAUAUGGACAGUAUUACUUGGGGAGGCAGUGAAGGAAGAGAUGCAGGUGACAGUCCGGGAAGUCCGUCUGAGUCGCUCCAAAUCAAAAUGGAUUCACCAUUUUCUUUAGAACCACCACUGGACAAGCAAUUUUUUGACAACGUCUCCCUGCUGAUCCAAGGUUCGUUGGAAGGAGAGCUAACCCUCAUGGACAAUCUCUCGGGUUCAGUUUGCCACAACUAUGCCAUCCCACAGCAAAACAAAUGCUGCACUGAGAAACAGGCUGAGCACACUCAAGAACAAGAUGUGAAGAAGGAGAUCCAAGAGAAGAACCUUCUCACUGUGCGGAAACCGUUUGUUGGCCGCACACACUCUCUGCCCAAUGAUAGCUACAUGUUUCAGCCUGUCAACCCCGCUCCAUUAGAAGGUCUGCAGGGGUCAGAAAAUGAUCACAAGACACAGUCUGGUUCAACCACAUCGGUUCGUUCACAGCCCACAGGCACCAGUGGCCACCUCCAAGUUCCUAUGGAGUUCCUCCCUGUCAGCCAUCAGAACAGUUCUGAUUCUGAAAAUAUCCCGAAGAUUCCUCCCCCUCGGAAACCUCUGAGCGCCCACAGAAUGCUGCGUAGACAGGUCGCUGUAACAAAUGACUCUCUGGAUCCACUGUAUACGGAGUCUAAGGAAAAUUUGCAGAUACAGCCUAAUAAUGAACCUUCGUCCUUGAAUGUGUCUGUGCCCUGUGUGUCUGCUGUACAACCGUCUAUGGUGUUAGUGCCUGCCUCACCCAACUCACCAACCAAACACAGUGUCCACAUCCAACAACACAGUCAUAACCAGAGAAACAUUACUAAUUAUGUGACUUCCCCACGUCACAUUCGGAACCCGUUGAGGGAACUCCCUGACUCAGCAGACCAGGAAGUCUCACAAAUCAACAGCAACAAGAGAGCUGCCAAACCUCCCGUGUGCCCCCCACUACCCACAAAAAUCUGCAGCAGCACAGGAAACCUCACGAUGAAGGACAUCAAAAAGUUCUACAGUGUGGAUGCGCAAGGAUUCUUGGCCAAGCCCCCAUCGUGGUUAAAUGAUCUUCGGAGACAUUCAAUUGAGAUCUGCUCAUCUGUUGAAGCAAGUCCUCAGCACCGUUUGUCAUCAUCAUGUUAUGCCGUUGGCCAAGCAGAGUCUGAACAGGAGAGUAGCGUGCAAGUAGUGCGACAAAAGCAGAAAAUGAGUCCUCCCUGCAUUUCGAUAGACCCGCCAGAGGGCCAGCGCACUACGCUGCAAGGAACUCACGGACAAUUGUCUUCUAAUGACAUGUGCUUGAGAAGGCGUGCUCCAUCUUGUGACUCAGCACUUCACAGAGACUCUGUUGACCUUGGAGACCCACCGCCUCCUGAAACCACGCCAGCCUCACCAUCCCCGACAAGGGAUUUGCUGACUCUUCCCAGUUUUUCCCUGGAUCAAACUGAGACCGACCAUUGAACGAAAGUGUUUGUUUGUUUUUGUUGCCAAAAAAAACCACAAUUUAUUUUCCAUUCCUAACAUCAACAAAAAUAUCUGCAUUUUGACAGGCACUGGAGGUCAAGCCCCCAUCAACACCCUUCACCCCAUCCAGACAGUCACCAAGGGUAUGGAGCCCUGCCUUGCCAGAGCAUGCUGCUCUGCCUUGCAGUCAAGCAGAUGGUUUUGACUGACCACUUAGUCCAGUGCAGUGGAGCGUCACUUUUUUUUAAAUGCACAAGGGUAUUUUCAUUUGAAAUUGAAUGUAAUACAUCAAGUGGCAAUAUUUUCUCAAAAACUUUCAGAACAUUCCAAAGUUUACUUUGGAUCUCAGAUUGGGACAUUAACGAUGGGCCUGCUAUCAGCAUUCCCAGAAUGUUUUAAGGUGUUAAUUGAAGCUAAUUUAAAGUCCAAUGAAUUGGUCUGGACAUUUUCUUUAUUCCCUUUAAGGCAUAAAGCAAAGAUCCAGUCAUUAAUAUAUUUAGAAAAUAUAUAUAUAAAUAAAGUAACAUGCAAUAUUUACUCAGUUUGUGUGCUUAAGUGAAAUUAUUGGUGCCUGGUAUCAAAAAAUGGCACUCCACUGUAACCGUGACUCUUAUGGUCAUCUCAGCUUGUAAAAGAUGGCAUAAGCAUGAGACAAUAUUAAAAUGUAGUUGCUGUCAUUGGUUUUAGUUAUCUUGCAGGGUCCUAUUGUUUCCAGAGUUUAUUUCCCAAUCACAUUUUUACUUAUUUAUUUAUUAAUUGGUUUGCUCCUUGGAACAUUGGUUGAAUUUUAGCUACUCGUAUUAGUUUGGUAAAUUGACGGCAUUUACAUUUUAAAAGAUUCAAAUGAACCUGACGCUUCUUAAACCAUAUUGACUGCAGGCAUUCUCAAGGUUCUAAGGAAUUAUUCUGCAAUUUCUUUCCCCAAAUUUAAUGGUUCUCCAUUCGUUAACAUGAACUCAGUACAUUUCAGUUCAUAUGGAUGUUAUUGUGCAGAGAGAUAUGUUUGCAAAAGUGUGUGGGGAUAGUGCCAUCAAAUGGCCAUCGCUAAAUCAUGACAGGAGCCUGUAUUAGAUAUAGUGAAAAAUUCCACUCACAGUUAACACUGGAAAAUAUAAUAACCAUAGUCUUUUGAAUUUAUUUUAAAGUUUUAAAUAGUUUCCCAAAUCAGUAAAUUAUCUAACACAGCAUCUUCUGCACAUUGGAAAAUAUAUCUCCAUUUACCAAGCAUCAUUCGCUACUUUCCAUGUCCAGGGUUUUGUAGUAAUUAGUAAAGGAGGGGAGGGGGUGGAAUUCUAAAAUGUAAUAAUUAUGGCUGGUGGCCCUUUAAAAUACCCACUGCUUUAAAAAUUAUUUCUUGAAUUCAACCUCACAGCCAGCUUGUUAGGCAUGGUGAAGGUUUCUGAUAUUCCAGGUAAUGGCAUCUCUUUCAGCAAUGCGGUCCACAAACAUCCAGUCAGGAUGGAACCUCAUGCAUCACUAUUUCUAUUACCAAAUCAAUAUUUAUCGUCAAAACAUGAAAUUGUGCAGAAUAGGAGUGCAAUUAAUUGCAGAAAGAGUAUCACAUUUCUAAGUGAGGAUUUUUAUUGUCCAUAUUUAAGAAGCAUUAAUUAUUAUUAUUUUUGUGAGUGCUGCACACAUUCAAUUAAAGGCCUCUGAAUGUUUCAAAGAAAUACAUUACUGGGUAAUUUCCCGCAACAGUUUCAGCCACAUUGUUCAUGCCAUCUAGCGAGUCUAUGAUUAAAUGUGAUGUCUCCAGUAGAAAUCAGCCAAAAUUUCCAAAUAAUGGAACAACUUGAAUUGAAACCCAAAGGCUUUUAACAGUGACUGCUUAAAUAAAAGAUCUAAAUUUAGGUCAUCUCAUGUGAGGCAAUCAGGCCAUAUUGAAAUUACACCAAGCAUCUCUUAGGAGUGUUGAAAAAUUGUGGUACUACAGAUGACAAAGAAUAAAUUGUUCUGUUGUCCAAUAUAUGGAGCAGUAUUUAAGUCCCUCACUUUCUUAGGGCACAUACCCAGCCAAUGACUGUCCAGUGCACGCUCUUUGAGAACAUUUGACAUUGUACCUUCAUAGCUCAAUCACAUUGAUUCAGUUAGUUCAAAGCACACCAGCACUUUAACAUUGCAGACCGCCGUAUCAUUCUGUGUGAUACAGUGAUCUUUACCAUUGCUAGUUUGUGUGUGCAUGGGUGGGCGAGUGUAUGUGAAUAAAUGUAUAAUCAUUUGUCAGUAUUCUGUAGGUUAUCCAUCUACAGCUAUUGCACAUAUAUUAUAGGACCAUUUUUGUUACGACCUUAACCAGCUAGAAAAUAUCUUUAUUUAAAUGUAAGUAUUUGUAACAAGUACUUUGGGCUUGAAUAGAAAUAACUCCAACACAAGGAGACAGUAAUCGACAUUGUAAAACUUUAAGAGGUUUAAAACUGGCCACUGCUGCAACCUGUUUCUUCCUCUCCUGUUAUCUUCCAUAUAGAAUACAUUGCAGAGAAAAUACUGAUUAAAAUAGACCCAGUGCAGUGCAAUGUUAAUAUUUAUGUAGUAUAUACUGUAUUAUAGAGAAAUUGGAUUUAAUAGUUGUUCAAUUCUACGCUGUAUUCAGGUAUUUUUGGAGCAUAUAGUGGGUCUACCAACCAGGGCAUCAAAAUGAGAAGCUAAAUUAGGCUAGACAAAAAUUCUGGAGAAACUCAGCCAGUGAGGCAGCAUCUAUGGAGCGAAGGUAUAGGUGACAUUUCUUCAAACCGAUUUUUCCAGCAUCUGCAGUUCUUUCUUAAACUAAAUUAGGCUGAAUGAAUUCUUAAGAUUCUUCUGAGUUAAUGUAGGCGAUCAUCUUGAACAUUCAGAAUCGUGAUGUAUGGAAUUUUGUUGAUCUCUUUAUUGCUCCUUUUGGAUGCAUUGAUUGAUAGUUGUAAAGUGUUUUCCAAUUAAAGGAUUGCCAUCACAAUCAAAUACUUGGAUGGGUUAUAAAAACGAUGUAACAUUAAAGUUCUGUGGUUCAGCCCAAACUCUCUGACUCCCUUGUUUACUAUCAGAACCUAAAUGGCAGAAUGCUGAAUUUUAACCUGAAUUAGACGAAUCAGCCCAACAUCAUCAAGCACCUGACAAACUUAGUGAUUUGCUGCCAAAUGGCAGGAGGGAAACAAUUUCCUAAAAAGGAACAGUUUAGAACAAGUAAGUUUAACAUUAUAUUUAAAACUAAACAUUUCAAGAGUGGGAACCACUACUUCACUAAAAUAAUUGUAAGCUUCCUCCAUCUGACUAGUGGGGUACACCAAGGCUCGGUGCUGGGACUGCAGCUAUUUACAAUAUUCAUCAAUGAUUUAGAUGAAGGGAUUCAAAGAACCAUCAGCAAAUAUGCAGAUGACACAAAGCUGGGUGUGGCAGUGUGAACUGUGAGGAGGAUGCUAUGAGGAUGCAGGGUGACUUUGCCAGGUUGGGUGAGUGGGCAGAUGCAUGGCAGAUGCAGUUUAAUGUGGAUAAAUGUGAGGUUAUCCACUUUGGUGCCAAAAACAGGAAAGCAUAUUAUUAUCUGAAUGGUGUCAAGUUGGGAAAAGAGGACGUACAAAGAAAUCUGGGGGUCCUUGUUCAUCAGUCACUGAAAGUAAGCAUGCAGGUACAACAGACAGUGAAGAAAGCUAACGGCAUGUUGGACUUCAUAACAAGAGGAGUUGAGUAUAGGAGUUGUACAGGGCCCUAGUGAGACCACACCUGGAGUAUUGCGUGCGGUUUUUGUCUCCAAAUUUGAGGAAGAACAUUCUUGUUAUUCGUGCAGUUCACGAGGUUAAUUCCCGGCAUGACGGGACUGUCAUAUGUUGAUAGAAUGGGGCGGCUUGGCUUGUAUACUCCGGAAUUUAGAAGGAUGAGAGGUGAUCUUAUUGAAACAUAUAAGAUUAUUAAGAGAUUGGACACACUAGAGGCAGGAAACCGAGUCCAGAACCAGGGGCCACAGUUUAAGAAUAAGGGGUAGGUCAUUUAGAAUGGAGAUGAGGAAAAACUUUUUCACCCAGAGAGUUGUGAAUCUGUGGAAUUCUCUGCCUCAGAAGGCAGUGGAGGCCGAUCUCUGGAUGCUUUCAAGAGAGAGUUAGAGCUCUUCAGGGGAUAUGGUGAGGGCAGGAACGGGGUACUGAAUGUGGAUGAUCAGCCAUGAUCACAGUGAAUGGCGGUGCUGGAUCGAAGGGCCGAAUGGCCUACUCCUGCACCAAUUGUCUAUUGGAAAUGCAGUUGAGGUUGGGAGUUAAUUGAAAACUUCAAAAUUAGAUUAAUAUUUUGUUAAAUUAAUAUGAAUCAAUAUGAAUAUCAAUGAAUAUGGAGCCAAUUGGCUAACUCUACAGAAAACCAUACAUCUAGUCAGUCUCAAAGCAUUCUGUCCCAUUCCUGUUUAAAUGUUCCUGAUAAAAUUGUCCAAAAAAGGCAUAAGAAGAUCAAAAUUAACAAACUCAGAGAAAGAUAAAUGGCAACACACAUUUUGGUUCACCAAAUUGUUCUCCUGUUCAGUCCAAACUUUAAACAAUUCAUCAUUUAUUCUUUAGCUUUGGUAAAAACUUGCUUUCACUGGCAAGGUAAUACAACAUGUUCCUGAAGUCUUAAAAGCAGUAUUUUCAUUUUUAAUGUGCUUCACAUUUUCCCAUUAAAGAAAUAAGAGUCUUAUUGAGAAUAAGUGUCCCUUGCCAUUAAAUUCCCUUAAUUUGUUCCAUUCAGUACCUCCGCAAUGAUAUAAAAAAAUCUCAUACAAUUUCCCACCUGAAGUUCAGGAGAAAAUAAUGUCCACAAUUCUCGAGCACCGCUAGCUAAUGGUUGCAGAUAAUCAGUUUAAUUCUCAUGCAAACAGUUCUUUAGAUGGCCACGUUCCCAAUUAAUAGAUUUUCCCAAAGAUAGAUUUACAUUUGAAUAAAGCUUAGUGCUGGGGUACUGUUGGCUAUAUCACAGAUGUAUGAAUGAUUUAAAAUAUGAAUGAAUGAAUAAUGACUUUAAGCACUAUCUUUUUUUUUCAUCAAGUAUGCCCUUGAAAUUAUUACAGUUCUGCAUCAGAAAACAGGAACAGGUUUCAAGCAGACUGGUCCUUUUAAAAAAAUACUUUGUUCAUUAUUAAAACAAAUACAAAAAGGAAGGCUAUUUGCAUUUGUUUUAAUCAUUACCUGGGGGAAGCAGAAAAGAACAGGCAAAGGAAUAAAAUGUGGAAAAGGUGACAUUCUGCUUCAACGUUUGUAUAUCUGUUUUAAAAACUUAUUGUAAGACUAUUAAAGCUGUAGAGAGACUAUUUUUGAAAAAAAAAAGUUAAAAAAUGAAAAAGCUACUUCAUGACAGAGUUGUUUCAUCUUGCAAAUUAAUACUUCCAGGUUAUAAAAAGGUAUUUAAGAGGGAAAAUUCUGGUUUCAGCUCUUUCCAAAUUAUUAAAUAUAAAUAACAGCUAUUAAAAUAACAGAUGAGGGCAUUAGGAUUACAAGUCAAACAGAUAUUGUGAUUUAAAUUGAAAAUGGUAUUUUGCAGAAAAAUGAGGAACACUAUUUGUAAUGAAAGUGCAUUCAUUAUUAGACAGCAGGAAGAUGUCUGACACUGAAUGUCCAGCAUCUUUUUGCUAUCAAGCCAUGGAAUAUUCAUGUCACCAUAAGGUUUAAUUUUGGGAAGAAUUACAUUUAAAACUUAAAACAACAAUAGAAGUAUUGACUUUUAAUUGACAGUGUUUAAUUCAUCAACAAUUACCUGGAGAUUUUGUAGGUUUGAUAACCAUAAUCACCAUUUAAUGAAUGAUGGACUGUUUAGUCUAAUACUUUGCAGGCCCAUUCCCUCGCAGGUUCUAAGGUAUAUAAAUUAUUUUAACUGGUUGAGUUUAUCAGUUAAAAUGAGUAUGUGAAUCUUCUGUAAAUUCAUUUUUUGUACAGGAAGUAGAUAUUUUAGUCUAAUACCGACUGGAAAAUUAAACAUAUUUAACAAUAUAUAUUUAUAUCCUUACUGUUACCAACAUGAACUGAAUCCUCUGAAAAGUCAAUGUGCAAACUUUACGAUGACACAAUGGCUACACUUAAUACAAAAUACAUAGGUGAUAGAGUGACACACACUAACAAAUCACACACUAACGCUCCUGUUCCUGCUGGCUUGUAAGCGAGGGAGAACCCCAGCUUUCCAGUGUCUGGAGAUCAGUUUGGAAAAUAAUGUCAGUAAAAGUCCAAAUUCACUUAGAAUGGACUGGUGCCAAAUGGCUUCACUGUUUCUUUUCCACAACAGUGGCAAGGGAAUCUCCAAUGGCAAAACAGAGAGUAUGUGCAUCCAAUAGCAACCAUGUCUUGUACUAACACAUGUGCUCCAUAUUCUUGUGCAAAAUGUUGGUUCCUUUUAGAUAAGCUGUGUCCUGAUUUUCUCUAAUGUUUAUGCAGUAGACCAAUUUUUAUGUAGUUGAAAAUGAAUUUAAAAUUAUGCUUUAAAAUAAAUAGAGAAGAUUCUGAGUGUGUCAUUCCUGCCCUCAUUUGCUGUGAUAUAUAUUGAGUAAACAUCAUCAUCAAUACUCUUCAGGAAGAAGGGUGAGGAGGAUGGAGAUUUAGGGUGGCAUACACUGAUAGUUUAGAACACGUGUGCAUUAGGAAAGAGGAAGUGUUAGAUAUAUUGAUGUACAUUCAGGUGGACAGAUACAGAGGCCAUGAUGAAAUCUAUUGCAAAGUAGAGGGAGGAACAUGCUGAUAUUUUUGCAAGAUCUUUAUCAAGUGAAAUACCAGAAGACUGAAGGAUAGCUAAAGUUGCUCCCAUAUUCAAGGAGACUUGUAGGGAUAAGCAAGUAAACUAUAGGCCAUUUGAACAGUACAUUAAUAGU